ACCAGGACAGCGCUCUGUUCACACAGGGCUGAUGUCGUCCCCUUCCUCUGCUCCCCAAAGCCCUGUAGUACAGAAUCCCUGGGUAGGAGCCCUGCCCACAGCCCUCCCCGGAACAUUGGGAGUUGAUUGCCAAGUUCUACCAAUGAGGAUCAGCUUGCAGGAGGAGACUCACCCCACUACCAGGCCCUGACACCAGGAACUCGUCUAGAUGGUCCAGGACUGAUACCCUGUCCCCACCCCCUUUCCCCCCAUCUACUCUGACUGGCCUUCUUCUGGCUGGGAGCUCCUGCAGCUGGUGUGAAGAGCUUUGUGGAGGGAGAGUAGCAGGCUUCUAGACCAUGCAUCUGCCUUGAGGCCACCUCCAUAUUCUCGGUGUCGGAGUCAUUCCUGGCCGUCAGGGGCGGGAGCCCAUUACUGGGCUCGGGGUCGGUUGGGAAGCUCCCCUGACGGGGCUCAGUUGCCAUCCCGGCCCUGGCCCCAACCAUGUCUAGUCUUGCUGGCAGCCCACAGCCCGAUAGUGGCGGCAGCGGCGGCAGCGGCAGCAGUAAGUCAGGCAUUGUAGAGAAAUGCAGUUCAGAUGAUGCCCUUCCCCCUGCCAACCCAGAGCGACGGAACAAGAGUGGCAUCAUCAGUGAACCCCUCAACAAGAGUCUGCGGAAGUCUCGGCCUCUGUCCCACUACUCUUCCUUCAGUGGUGGCAGCUCGGUGGGUGAGCUGGUGGACAAGGCAGCUGCUGCCUCUGGGCUGGCCAAUGGGCACGACCCGCCCAUGGACAAAACCAACUCUACCUCAAAGCACAAAAGUGGUGCUGUGGCCAGUCUGCUAAGCAAGGCAGAACGGGCCGCAGAGCUCUCUGCCGAAGGACAGCUGACACUGCAGCAGUUUGCUCAGUCCACGGAGAUGCUGAAACGGGUGGUUCAGGAACACCUUCCCCUGAUGAGUGAGGCUGGGGCUGGGCUCCCAGACAUGGAGGCCGUGUCAGGCACUGAGGCCCUGAAUGGCCCUUCCGACUUCCCCUACCUAGGCGCCUUCCCCAUCAAUCCGGGCCUCUUCAUCAUGACGCCCGCAGGCGUGUUCCUGGCUGAGAGCGCCUUGCACAUGGCGGGCCUAGCAGAAUAUCCUAUGCAGAGUGAGCUGGCUUCUGCCAUCAGCUCGGGCAAGAAGAAACGGAAACGUUGCGGCAUGUGCCCGCCCUGCCGACGGCGCAUAAACUGCGAGCAGUGUAGCAGCUGUCGGAACCGAAAAACUGGCCACCAGAUUUGCAAAUUCAGAAAAUGUGAGGAGCUCAAAAAGAAGCCUUCUGCUGCUCUGGAGAAGGUGAUGCUUCCAACGGGAGCCGCCUUCCGAUGGUUUCAGUGACGAGUGGAGCCCCGGAGCGGCCAUCUCGUGCAAUGUCCUUACUUGUGUUGUCUCAAGUAGGGGAUUCGGGCGAAGACGAAUGGAUGCACCUAUGUCUUUUAGAACCAAAAAUAUUCUCUCGCAGAUUUCAUUCCUGUUUUUAUAUAUAUAUUUUUUGUUGUUGUUUUAACAUCUCCACGUUCUAGUAUAAAAAAAAAUAAAAAAAACAAAAACAUUUAACUGCUUUGCAGAAGAAGAAAAAAAAAGAAAAAUGAAUCUGUAAAGUAUGGAGACUUAAUAGCAGAGAAUGGACAAUCAGUUUCCUUCGUGUGUUGACAUUUCUGUUGUUUGUGUGGAAGAUGCAGUUUCUGUGUAGAGAAUGUAAAUUUUCAGUAACCUUUUGAAAUCUAGUUACUAAUAAGCACUACUGUAAUUUAGCACAGUUGUUUAACUCCACCUCAUUUAAACUUUGUUUGAUUCUUUCCCAUCAUAAAAUAGUGCAUAGUUUUCCUAGAGUACACCACUUCAUGUUUAUAA